AUGGCCAUCUCGCGACCUCGUCGAGCGGCGCGAUGGGCGCAGACUCCGGCAACAGAACGACGCGACUUGGCACACGUCCAAAGGUGGGAACGAGCAAAACGCGACGAAAGCCAUCCGAGCCGCAGUUUCGCGCCGUACAACGUUGGUGUCGACGUACCCCAAUACGACGCCGACGUGUACGAGAAACACCUCAUCAGCGAAGGCUGGACCAAGGAAGAGACCGACUACUUGGUCGAGACAUAUCGCGAGUGCAAUGGCAAAUGGCCCGUCGUCGCAGAUCACUACGCAUACGAAGGCUCAGAGCGCUCGAUGGAGGACAUGAAGGCCCGCUACUACACCAUAUCAGCUGCCUUGCUCGCUCUGGCCACGCCCAUAUCGUCCAUGACCGCUGCAGACUACACCCAAUACGAAACCCUGUCCAACUUCAAACCCGAGCAAGAAACCUCCCGCAAACGCCUCGCCGAAGGCCACCUCUACCGCCGCGCCAACGAAGUCGACGAAGAAUCCGUCCUCCUCGGCGAAUUGCAGCGUAUAAUGCUCAACCAAGCCACCCUCGACAGCCAGCGCGAAGACCUGCGCAAACGACUCGAUCACCCCUCCCCCAACACCAACAGCUACCAAUACAACACCUCCCAAGCCCUCACGGGUCUAUGGCAACAACUCCUCGCCCAAGACCGCCUCAAGAAGAACCCUCGCCUCCGCCCCACCGGCAAUCCAGCUUACGAUGGCCUCCCCGGCACGGCCCCCAUCUCUGCCCGCCCCCGCGACUCCCUCACGGCCCAAGCCUCCGACCCCAACACCCUCCCCGCCCGCCGCCCAACCCGCGACUCCCUCCCCUCCGCAACGCCCCAAUCCGCCCUCCCCACCGACCUUUCAAAAUCCGACAUGUCCCGCUUCGGCGUGAUCCACACAACCGACAAACUCCCCAGCGGCAUCUCCUUCGCGUCAGAUAAACUGAGUAAGCCUCGGAUCGCCAAGAGCACCAUCCAGACGGAGAAGAUUGCGGCGAUACUGCAGAACGUCGGUGUGCAGGAUUUGAUUCCGUUGCCGACGGGAAGUGUUAUUGAGGUCUUUGAGGGGAUUAUGGGCAAGGUGCAGACGCUGCUUGAUAUGAGGAAGUUGGCGGAGAAGGAGGAGCAGGAGAUUAAAAUCAGGGAUGCUGAGAAGGCGUGA